UGUCCGUGUCAGUCGGUGCUGGAGUGUUUUCACUGAAGCUGCUUCUCCUCCGCCGGUUCCACAGAAACAGACGGGAGCGAUGGAGGAAGAGUUAAAAUGCCCCGUGUGCGGUUCUCUCUUCAAGGAGCCCAUCCUGCUGCCGUGCUCCCACAAUGUCUGCCUGGCCUGCGCCCGGAACAUCACCGUCCAGACCCCGGACGGAGAGACCCCGGUGCAGAGCCGAGCCUCGGGCAGCUCUGACUAUGACUACCUGGACAUGGACAAGAUGAGUCUGUACAGCGAGACGGACAGCGGAUACGGCUCCUACACGCCGUGCCAGCUCAAGUCCCCGAACGGCGUGCGUGUGUUUCCCCCGGCCGUCGCCCUCCGACACUGCUCCCUCACCUGUCCGCUGUGUCACCGGAGCGUCUCUCUGGAUGAGCGCGGGCUCCGGGGUUUCCCUCGGAACCGGCUCCUUGAGGCCAUCGUCGCGCGGUACCAGCAAAACCGCGCCGCCUCCGCCUCCGCCGCGUCGUCGUCUUCUUCUUCGGCGGUGAAGUGCCAGCUGUGCGACCGCAACCCGGUGGACGCGACGGUGAUGUGCGAGCAGUGCGACGUCUACUACUGCAACGCCUGUCAGCAGCGGUGUCACCCGUCCCGCGGUCCGCUCGCCAAACACCGCCUGGUGCCGCCGAGGAAGCAAGCGGCAGGAGGCGGCGCGGCAGGCGGAGGAGGGAGCGGCGUGAGCGGCGGCGGCGGUGUGGGAGGCAGCGACGGUCAGCAGCCGCCUGCUACCGCGCGGAAACCGGCGACUUGCAUUGACCAUGAGGCGGAGAACUUCAGCAUGUACUGCUACAGCUGCAAGAUCCCGGUGUGUAUGAAGUGUCUGCAGGAGGGGAAACACGCCAAACACGACGUGAAAACGCUGGCCAUGAUGUGGAAACAACACAAGUGCCAGCUGUCCCAGGCCCUGAACGGCGUCUCAGACAAAGCUAAAGACGCAAAAGAGUUCCUGGUUCAACUCAAGAACAUGUUACAGCAGAUACAGGAGAGCGGUGUGGAGUUCGAAGCUUGCCUCGUGGCCCAGUGUGACUCUCUGAUCGAGGCCCUCACAAGACAGAAAGCCAAAUUGCUCACCAAAGUCACCAAGGAGAAAGAGUACAAACAAAAGGUGGUACGUGACCAGAUCACCCACUGCACCAUGAAGCUUCGUCAGACCACCGGGAUGAUGGAGUACUGUCUGGAAGUCCUCAAAGAGAACGAUCCCAGUGGAUUUCUGCAGAUAUCAGAUGCUCUGAUAAAGCGGGUGAUAUCGUCUCAGGACCAGUGGGUGAAGGGGGCACUGGAGCCAAAAGUGGGCCCUGAGUUUGACCUCACCCUAAACACCGACUCGCUGCUGCAGACCAUCCUGCAGCUGGACUUCUGCCAGGGAAAAGAUGUACAGGAGAUUCCGUUUUUGAAACAAAUGCAGGCAGCAGACAGUGAUGAGACUGACAUGGAGACAGAGAGCCCCGGAGUGGAGGCCGGACCCGGGGUGCCGGCAGCGCCUCUCCUGCAGCUGGAGAAGUGCUGCACAAGGGACAACAGCGCCACCCUGGCCUGGAGGGUAAAUGCGCCCCCUAGCAGUGCCAUUGAAGGCUACAUUCUGGAGCUGGAUGAUGGAAACGGGGGACAGUACAGGGAGGUAUAUGUGGGGAAGGAGACAGUGUGCACGGUGGAUGGACUCCAUUUUAACAGCUCCUACAAUGCAAGAGUGAAAGCUUACAAUGCCAUCGGUGUUGGGCCGUACAGCAAGACCGUGGUGCUCAAGACCUCUGAUGUGGCCUGGUUUACAUUUGAUCCCAGCACAGCUCACAGGGACAUCGCUCUGACGAAUGAUAACCAGACAGUCUCCUGUAACAGCUACGAUGACCGCGUUGUGUUGGGAACUGCUGCUUUCUCCAAGGGCAUCCACUACUGGGAGGUCUGCAUCGACCGCUACGACAACCACCCGGACCCUGCGUUUGGCGUGGCACGCAUCAACACCAUGAAAGACAUGAUGCUGGGGAAAGAUGACAAGGCAUGGGCCAUGUACGUGGACAACAACCGCUCCUGGUUUAUGCACAACAACUCGCACACUAACAGGGCGGAGGGAGGCAUCACUAAGGGCUCAUCUGUUGGCGUCCUGCUGGAUCUGACCAAACACACUCUGACCUUCUUCAUUAACAAGCAGCAGCAUGGACCCACUGCCUUUGAGAGCCUGGAAGGGGUCUUUGUACCUGCUGUGAGCCUCAACAGAAAUGUACAGGUCACCUUACUGACGGGCCUGGAGCUGCCAAAGAAUAUCAAACAGUAGAAGACCCGUCCUCUCUGUGUGCGUGUCCUGGAUUCAAACCAACGGCGACAAACACAGUUGGCUCCCCACAUGGAUCUUUUUUUUCUCCGCGUCACGUCAGACCUCUCCCAGCUUCUCAAGGUGCCCUUUGUCUUGGAUAAACUUCAGUGUGAAGCCCUGGAGUUAGAGGAAUACAUUUGAGUUAAUAUUUGCUAUAAAUCCCACGAUUGAAGCUUUUGGAAAUCACAACAGAGAUGCCUGGAGUUACUGUAGAUUGCCACACUUUUUCCACAAUCCAAGUUUUAGCCCUGUGAGACCCCAGAUACAAACAACAACAAUUUAAUGAUUCCAGCUUGUAUCUUUUAGUAAUUCAUUAUUUUUUAAGACAAUACAGCUUUAAAUUUCUCCUGAAAGUCUGAAACUCUUAUUUGGAAGAUUCCAACUCUGUGCAGUGAAUAAUACGAGUGCUAGUUAGUGAUUUUAAAUUGACAAGAUCUUAUCUAUACUGGAAGAAAACAACUCCACAGUCAUUUUAAAAAGUCAGCAACAACAAGAAGCUGCCUUUAGGAGUCGACAAAAUGAGCGAGCAACAGUUCAAUGUUAGUCUGUUCCUCUCUCUGUCUCUUUACAGCUCACAACUUAAAAACCUGAAGUGAUUUGUAGGAGUCUUAGCGACACCGCGGGAUGUUUCACUCAUGAAAUAUUUAAACAAAUCUAAACUUUUCUCUGCACAUCUCGGUUAUGGCUCCAUUAUGCACUUCUUCCUCUGUUGUCUCCUUCUUCUGUAUCUCAUGCAAAGAGGCAUAAACAUUGUUCGGCGCUGUUGUCUAAGAGGUUUACACGCUGAGCUGACGCUGGGGGAAGGAACAGGCUCAGGUCCAUUUCAGCUUCAGUGAUGUGACAGAUCUGCAGAGUGUGGGAGUGAGUGGACACCUGGCAGAAGAAGAAGAAGUGCAUAAUUUUGCAAUGCAAAGUGGUUAUAUGACUCUUGUUUUUGUGCCAGUCGGAAGUCUCUAAAGUAGGAUUGGUUGUAAUGAAAUACUGAAGAGGGGAAUCAUUGUGUAGUUCAAAUGGGAGGGGGGAAAUCAGGAACACUUGACUGCAGGCUGUUGGUUGGUGUAGUAUAGUGUAAAGACUGUGAACAGCAUUGAUUUCCAUCUGUACUACACAGAAAUUAAGCAUUAUAGUCAUCAUCUGAGGUCCCAGUUAGUGGAUAUAGUUUCCUUCAAACGGAGCCAGGCUGGCUGUUUAUCUCACUGUAUGCAGAGUUAAACUAACCUUCUGCCAAAUACAAGCAACAGAAGUUAUGAAUAUGUGAUGUCCAGCUUCUCAUCCCACUUUCUGAAAGAAAAUCAGAAUAUUUCACUAAAAGCCAGCUGCUUCAUUUCCUAACAUCUAAAUAAAGUUUUCUCCUUUGAAAAAAAUAUCUACAAACAUCGGCAAGAAAAACAACACAGUCACGCACACUUAUGGAAAAUCAUGCUAAAAACACUUUAACAAUCACGAUGUUUCAAGUGUUCUCAGGCGAUAGUUUUAAAUAACCAUGGAGCAGAUGAUGAUGAUGAUGAAGACCAUUUGGUCAAAACUCUGAUUUUUACUCUUGUUGCGUCGCUGACUCAGUGUGUGGGCUUGUCUUCUUUUUUUUCUUGCUUCUGAUUUUGAGUUGCCCUGCACCUGCAUGAUGUGAAUAUAACCCCCCCAACCCACCCCCCUUCACCAAA